AUGACAUAUGAGAGCAUCAUCAUAGCAACAGAGGGCUUUGACAGCAAAUAUUGCAUAGUAAAGGGAGGACAGGGAAGUGUCUUCAGGGUUGAGUUACUAAGUGGACAAGUACUCGCGGUAAAAAAAAUUCAUCCAUUAGAUAAUGGUGAAUUGAACAGCUUGAAAAGCUUUGAAAGUGAAACAAAAACUUUAUUGAAAAUCCGCCAUCGUAAUAUUAUAAAGCUUUAUGGAUUUUGUUCACAUGCAAGACAUUCUUUCUUGGUUUACGAGUUCUUGGAAGGAGGAAGCUUGUCAGAGAGACUGAGGAAUAAUGAAAAAGCGAUAGAGUUAGAUUGGAUUAAGAGGGUGAGCAUUGUCAGAGGAGUGGCAUAUGCGUUAUCUUAUAUGCAUCAUGAAUGUUCACCUCCAAUUCUUCACCGAGAUAUAUCAAGUAAGAACGUUUUGUUAGAUCAUGAAGACAGGCCUCGUCUUUCUGAUUUUGGUACUGCAAAACUCUUAAGGCCAAACUCCUCUAAUUGGACUUCUUUUGCUGGAACUUUUGGAUAUGUUGCUCCAGAGCUUGCUUACACUAUGGAGGUAAAUGAAAGUUGUGAUACCUACAGCUUUGGAGUGCUAUCAUUGGAAGUGAUCUUUGGUCGGCAUCCAGCUGAUAUUGUUGAAGCUAUAUCAUCGCUUUCAUCAACAUCAGAAAUCCUUGACAUACUGUUAAAAGAUUUCAUUGAUCAACGGCCAUUACUUCCCUCUCCAGUGGCUGAAGAAUUGAUCAAGAUCACAAAGAUAGCAUUUGCAUGUCUUAAUCCGAGUCCUCAACUUAGGCCAACCAUGCAGCAAGUUUCUGCAUCUUUAGCCAAAGAAAAGGCACUUUUGAAGAACUCCUUUCCUUUUAUUACUUUAGGCCAACUAAUUGAUGCUAAAUUAGGUAGUUCCUAA